CGCGUCCGAUUCCGGGACAUUGCCACCCCCAAGUUCUCCAUGCCGUCCCCUGUCCGAACCGUCAUCGCAGCAGACUUUGACAAUGACCAGGAGCUGGAGGUUUUCUUCAACAACAUUGCCUACCGUGGCUCCCCCGCCAACCGCCUCUUUCGGAUCAUCCGCAGGGAGCACUUGGACCCACUCGUGGAAGAGCUGAAUCCGGGGGACGCGCUGGAGCCCGAGGGACGUGGCACAGGGGGUGCAGUGACGGAUUUUGAUGGCGAUGGGAUGCUGGACCUGAUCCUGUCACACGGCGAGUCCAUGGCACAGCCUAUCUCCAUCUUCAAGGGCACCCAGGGUGCUGGCAACAACUGGCUGCGUGUCAUCCCCCGCACGCGUUUUGGGGCGUUUGCGCGGGGGGCCAAGGUGGUGCUGUUCACACGGCGCAGCGGGGCACACCUGCGCAUCAUCGACGGUGGAUCAGGAUACCUCUGCGAGAUGGAGCCCGUGGCGCACUUCGGACUGGGGCACGAUGAAGCCAGCAGCCUGGAGGUGACCUGGCCAGAUGGCCGUGUCAUGGCACGAGCUGUGGCCAGCAGUGAGACCAACUCUGUCCUGGAGGUUCCCUACCCCCUAGACAUGGAGGAUCCGUUCAUGCCUGCGCCGCUGGAGUGCGGGCAGGGAUUCUCCCAGCAUGAGAACGGACGCUGUGUAGACACAGACGAGUGCACAGAGUUCCCCUUCGUCUGUCCCAGAGACAAGCCUGUCUGCAUCAACACCUACGGGGGGUACCGCUGCCGCACCAACAAGCGCUGUGGCCGGGGCUUCGAGCCCAACGAGGAUGGCACGGCUUGCGUGGCUCAAGUGGCCUUUUUUGGGGGAUACCCCUCCACCGGGAGCUGGCCCAGGCCCCCACACAGUGCCCUCCUCCCUCUAGUCCUCGGACUCUGCCUUUGCCUCUAUGCACUUUAA